AGACUAGGGUCCACCUCUACACAACAGCUGUGAAAGUUUGUCUGUCAAAACAGGAGGAGAAAUGAGUUUUUGGUAAAACUGUUUUAUUUUGCAAUAUAAACCUUUAAAAAUUGAGGGUUUCCUCAAUUGUUUGUGCAGCUCAAAAUGUACUUCGACAACACUGGGUUAGCUGUAGUUGGCCCUUCAGAGCCAUCCACUGGUUUGGCCGGUCAUGAAGCGGAAUAUCUUCAAACGCAAUGUGUUUUGGCUGAUGGCGGCGAGAGAUUUGGUGUUUCGUCUAUAACGUUCGAUAGACAUGAGGAAUUAUUGUGGAUGGGAAACCAAGGGGGCCAUGUGACUUCGUAUUAUACAGGGGCCAUGUCAAAAUAUACAUCCUUUCAAGUUCAUGCUCAUGAAGAAGUACGGCAAAUUUUGACUUUAGACGAAGGCCUGUUAGCUUUAACUGCAAGCAGCCUAAGGUGUCAAAUUAGAAGAGGAAUCCCUGUAUAUACCCAUGUCUCUUCAAACAUGUCUGAAAUGCAGUGUAUGCUACAGAUGUCCCCAACGCGGUUACUAAUCGGUGGACAUCGGGAUAAAUUGAUUGAUUUCAAUUUGCAAAUAUGUAAGGAAAAUCAAGUGGGCAAUGUAUCCGAAGGAGCGUCGGUAAUGCUGCGUCCUCAUUCUCGGUAUGUUUGUUGCGGAAGUCCUACAGGUUCCAUCGAACUGAGAGAUCUGAAUAGUCUUAAACUGGAGCAUACAAUUGAUACUCAUACAGGCAGUCUUAGCGACUUUGACGUACAAGGAAAUCUGAUGGUGACUUGCGGGUUUAGCAACAGGUUAGGCAACCUGGCAGUUGAUCGCUUCCUCAUGGUCUACGACUUGCGAAUGUUGCGUGCAGUUUCCCCCAUGCAGACUGUUCUUGACCCUCUGUACUUAAGAUUUAUGCCAUCUAUCACUUCACGCCUUGUCGUCGUUUCGGCCGGUGGCCAAGUCCAGCUAUUGGACACCAUCGCGUUAGCUGAGCCUAAAAUCUGUAUGCUGCAAGUCGAUUGUCCAGCUUCAAUGGUAUUGGCAUUCGACGUAAGCACCACGCUACAGGCCAUGUCGUUCGGAGACAGUGGUGGGCAAAUUCAUCUAUUUUCAACAACAGACGAGCCUGUUUUCAACACUUAUUCCCGACAGACGGAAUUUCCAGAUCCUCCAAUUCAAUAUCCAAGUUUUGCUAUCGACGAUUACAGUACACCUUUGUCAUCUAUACCGAUGAUUUACAGUCAGUCGGACUUACCUUUAGCUUCUGAUUUGCCUCAAUACCUUACCAAAUUUGUCUACAGGAAGCCGCCAGGGAUUGAUUCCGAAAUCUUACGUACUAUGAAAAUGCAAGGACCAAUAGGAUACGCACCAAAUCCUAAGCAAAUGCGUCGAAACCAAGUGAUGUACAGUAUCAGGCAAAACGGCCAUCUCAUGAAUUCUUUCUCGCAAAAAAGUCCGCAACAUCAAGAAAAUGACGGCACAUUCAUUGCCAUUCCGAAGCGAUACAGAAAAGUUGAUAUGAAGUAUAAUAAACUUGGCCAGGACGAGUUUCAAUUUGACAACUAUAAUAAAACUGGACUGGCUGGAUUGGAGGCAGUUUUACCGAACGCCUACUGUAAUGCCGUUAUUCAGGUUCUUUAUUACAUCGAACCACUUCGAGCGUCAUUACUCUCCCACCUUUGCUCGAAGGAAUUCUGCUUAUCCUGUGAACUGGGGUUCCUGUUUUAUAUGCUAUCGCAUAGUCCUCCUAACCAGCCUUGCCAGCCAGGAAACUUCUUGCGCGCAUUUCGAACAGUACCAGAAGCUUCGGCUUUGGGUUUAAUUUUAAGCGAUCUUGCUCCUGAAGCCAAGCAAAAAACUGAUUUAGGAGCACUUAUACAGAGCUGGAAUAGAUUUAUGCUGCACCAGAUGCAUGUUGAGUUAAACGAAACACGAAAGAGAAAUGAGGAGAAAAAGGAGAAAUUUUGCAAACCAUUUAUUUACAAGGAAAUUGAUUUUCCUGCCAUAUCUAAAGAGAGAGCCAGAAAACAUUCGGCGGCUGAAGUAUCCAAUGAAAUCGAAGAAGAGAAGAGGGAAGAUGUUUCAGAUAUAAGCAACAUCUUUGGUUCAAAGCAAAUGCACAGACAUUCAUGUCUUAAAUGUGCUGAAGAAGUUAACAAAGGAUCCAUUCUCUUAGCCUGCAAUUUGGUGUAUCCUACAAGCGAACCAGAGCGGGACGAAUGGAGUUUUUGUGACAUAUUAAGCAAAUCUUUGUGUCCUCAGCAAGUCACACCUGCAUGGUGCGAAAAAUGCGGAAGGUUUACUCCCACAUCGCAAAGCCGUGUCAUUGAGUCACUGCCCAAAGUCCUAUCGAUUAACACAGGACUUCAUACUCCACAACAUAAACAAUUCUGGCAGACGCAAAUGGAUAAAGUAGUAGCCAAACUUUCCGGAGCAGAUCUUAACAAAUCAACCACGCCAACAACAACGCCCACAAACACGCCAUCUUCUAAACCUUGCCGUUAUGGAGAUCACUGUUCCAGGCCCGGAUGUAGAUUCCGCCACAGUUUUGACAAUACUCCCCCUCCUAUACCCAUAAACAACCCUUACUGUAGCAAUAAUUGGCUGCCACACAGUAUUAAAAUGUAUCUGAAUAAUUCGAAAUUAGAAAUCAAAAAGUUAGGUGCCAAUGGUGAAGAGGUAAGAAAGCUGAAUUUAGCCGAUGAUCUCCCAAAAACAAUUACUGAAGACAUAUCAAUAGAUGACGGUAAAGAAAAUGGAGCUGUGCAAGAAAGCAAACGCUACGAUCUCACCGCUGUAGUUUGCUACAUCAACGAUCAAAAUACCCCAGAACGAAAGAAUCUUGUUGCCUUAAUUAAAAUUCCAGAUUUAUAUAUGAAACAUAAGGAGCUUUCCGAACACAAAUGGUAUUUGUUCAAUGAUUUUAGCAUCAGCCCCGUUCCAGCCCAAGAAGCGGUUUGGUUUAGUCUUGACUGGAAAAUUCCCUGUGUUUUGUAUUACUCCUGUGCGGAGCUUCAAAACAGCAGAACUGAAAUCCAUCAUCCGAUCUCACGAGAAGUUUUUACUGAAGAUAACUGCAUAGCCAGAUCUGGUGGCACGAAGGGAAUCACAUUCACUCCUCUGCUUGAAAAUGAAUUGUUGAACGCUGGCGAUUUGGUAGCGAUGGACGCGGAGUUUGUCACUCUGAAUCAGGAAGAGGCUGAGUUGCGAAGUGACGGAAAAAUGUCUACUGUUAAACCAUCCCAGAUGUCAGUAGCUAGAAUUACUUGUAUCAGAGGGCAAGGGGAUGGAGAAGGUACACCGUUUAUUGAUGAUUACAUUUCAACUCAAGAACAAGUAGUUGACUAUCUUACGAAAUUUUCCGGUAUCAAGCCAGGAGAUCUGGAUGCUAAUUUCACUUCGAAACACUUGACAACCCUAAAGUCGACGUACAUUAAGUUAAGGUUUCUGCAAGACAGCGGAGUGGUGUUUGUAGGACAUGGAUUGAAAAAUGAUUUUAGAGUAAUAAAUUUAGUAGUUCCUACCGACCAAGUAAUUGAUACUGUGCAGCUGUUCCAUUUGAGGCACCAUCGAAUGGUUUCACUUCGCUUUUUGGCAUGGCACUUCUUGGGUAUCAAAAUUCAAUCCGAAACUCACGAUUCCAGCGAAGAUGCUCGAGCUGCUUUGCAGUUGUACAAGAAGUAUCAGGAAUUGGAGCAAUGCAACAAAGUAGGGGAAGCUCUAGCAGAAUUGUACGAAAUAGGAGAGCAUUUGAAAUGGAAGGUACCUGAAGAGUAAAGCUUAGUAGGUACACAUCUCAUCAACAUUUUAUUUUUUUAAAUUUUUGACAGCUUGACGCUGUUUUAAAAUUUCCCACUGCCUUGGCAACAUACAAAAUUUUCCGUCUAGUCAUUUAAACCAUUAUAGUCUGAAUUAAAUUGUCUGCUAAAUAACUGUAAAAAUGAUGCUCCAUAUGACAUGAAAAUCGAGAAAUUAACGCAAACGAAGAGAAUACAAGAAAUAAGGCGGAUCUUUAUAGUGAGAAACAAAUUUCAAAAUUAAAAUGUUAUCAUCAGUCAUCAGAACUGACCAGAACAUUCUGAACCAAGAAAUAUAAGUCUGUAAGUCAUUUGUUUGUAAUGCAUCUACAGAAUGUAUAAAACUAAAAAAGAAAAGAACUCACUAACUUGCAGACCAGGUAGACCAUUCUCCGUCUACCAUAUUUAAUGGUAACCUAUUGUAAUACAUAGCUCGAUUUAAAUGCAAUUUAAUUGCGACUUAAAAUUGUUUUUAAUUAAAAUAGUUACUAUCGCUUUGCAAUACAUUUUAAUUUUGUAUUUGGGUACAUUUUGGAAUGUGCAUUGCAAAGAACUAAAUUUUUUUGAACUGAAUAUUUACAAAAUUGUUGUUCUAUAGUUUGGACCAUAUGUGUUAACGUAAUAUUUGCACUCGUAAACUAUCCGUUUUCGAUAGUUUGGUAUUACAAAUGCAGAUUAUUUUUAGACUGCAGCCAUUAUUGUAUAAACAAGAUUGUAUAUUGAUUUGUGUUUUUGUUUAAAUUGAUUGUCAGGAAAAUUUCCUGUAGUACUUUCAUCAAUAAAUUUAAAAAAAUACCUUUGAGCCAGUAGUGUGGUUUGCAAUUCAAAUUUGCACUCAGUUGACAAGGUAUUUUAUUUUACUUUGUGUCAGUACAAAAUUGUUAUUUUUUUAAUACGAAAACGGGGGCUACGGAUGGUUUGCACAAAACAAUUGGACCAUCAUGCAGGCGAUGUAUUAAUUUUUAUGAAAGAGUUGUAAAAUCGCAUUAGAAUACUCAAAUGAUAAUAAAUUGUAUUUUUGAAAAAUA